AUGUGUAAGAUCACCGAAACUGAGUACAAAUGUGGACAUUCCACUACGACCUCUCGCCCUUGUGAGAAGGCCAAAGAGUCCAACAGCACAUGGGGCUGCUUACGCUCCUCCAAGGCCAAGUACUGCUCCCACCCCCGAGAGAAAAAGCAGGAGCAUGAGGGCCUUUGCGACAAGUGCCGGGGAAGGGCAGCCAGUAAGACUAGGCAGAACAGAUCAGCUAGCAAGUCUAGAGAGCCUGCCCCCGCUCAUAACGAUAACAUAAAACUCUUGAAGGGGUCAGCUACUGAACGUCAUGAGUUCUUCCUCCAACAAGGGGCACCCUCGAAAGAGUCCAGAGGCAGGUCCAGAGAUAAGUCCAGAAACGAAUUUGAAGGCAGUCGUAGUAAUAAAAGAUCAAGCAUGAUCAACCUCCCUCAUGACAAGGCAGCAGUUCCGCCGCAGCGAGGAUCCAUCACCAACUACAAGAGUAAGCCGUUGCCCAAUCUUCCUCCCAACUCUUCGAAAUCUUCAAAGAUCGGAGGGUCAUUUGCUUCAACCUCGAGAAGCACCUCCAGAGACGGCCGCCCUCUAGUCCCUCCUCCGCGGCAUGGCCCUUAUUUUUCAGAUCGCGAUGCUACAGCGGUGCCUGCGCCGCUCCGACCCCGUCGACCCUCCGAAUCCCAGGUGAGACCGCCAAGGGGAAACAUUCGGGAAUCUCAAAUGUUCACGAACCCCGGCCCCGCGCCGUCCAUCCCUUACCCUAUGCCACAGGAGAGAGGCCGCAAUCCCGACCCCAGGCCGUUGCCCCUGCAACAGCAGCAGAAAGGGCAAGUAUCAUAUCCGCCGAAUGCCUCUCGUCACCACACCGAGGUACCCCGAAGAAAACUGUCAAAGACAAGACACAACGAAGCUACUGACAAUGCCACUUUCAGAGGCGGAGGUAGAAGUAGAUCAGCCAGCAAGACCCGCGAGCGGUCUCUUUCUCGCAGCCGUCGUGGCAGCAAGCACGACAAGGGUGAAAAGAAGCACCACCAAAAGCAACCCAGCGCUGCUAGCUCUUUUAUGAACAAGCUCAAGGCUGGUCUCGGUUACGAUGAAUAUGAUGACGAUGGAAGCGACUCGGAUGAAUGGGUUUGCGCUGACAGUCGUGCGCUUGAGAGAGGGGAGAGUCGGAGAAGAAUGAGCUACCAGGCAGGUGACUAUUACAUGCAUGGUAGGUAAGCGGCAGGUGUAAGGUUGAACCGAAGAAGAUGGGAAAGUGCUGGGUACUUUCCAUGAUUUUCGAAUCGUCUUCUUUUUAGCAGGUGGUAUGAGGUACUAGGGGUGGGCGCGAUGGGCUAUACCGUUAUUGUUUUGUCUAUUUGUUGGUUUUACAUCGGUUUGUUUGCAAUUACCAUUUAUUCGAAAAUCCCCCCAAAAAAACAGUGGCGUGUCGGUUUUGUUCAGUUUCUUUUUCUUGGAUCUCCUUUGUUAGGUAUGAGCGGAGGUUAGCAACGGGCGAUGAUGGUCAAAACAGGUUUUCGACAGUGUCAUAGAAACGGUAAAGCUUUGGGAGACGGGAAUUGUG